UUUUCCAAAAUUGGCCAAUUUGUUGGCAUAUUAGUGUGCCCACAAGACUCUUUUGUUGCACCAUGUGGCUUUAGACAAUGUUUAGUUUCAAGUAUUUGAGUUGAGUAUUAUUUGAGAAGCUGCUUGAUACGUAGGUAAGCCAAGACCAGGUACAUUCGCCAAAAAAAAAAAAAANAAAAAAAAAAAACAAAAAAAAAAAACAAAAAAAAGAAACAUUGAGAGCCAAUAUUUUGCACCAUAUUUAUUGUCAUACACUAUACACUUGCAACUUAGGGAAUGACCCUUUCUAUUUUUCAAUUACAACCUACAAACCACUUAAUUUUCUAUGUAUAUAUAAAAUCUCAUAUAGUAAAACAAAUCCCAUAAAUAUUUUUAUGUACUUCAAUCAAUAAAUCCACAUGUAAUGUACAACUUAUUCAACCACUCAUAUCUUUCUUUUUUGUCACCACUCCAUGAUAUUAAUUUAUUUACAUGCCGGCCCUGCAAUCCAUUUUUGGCCGGCAUUCUCUCUACUAUUAAUUAACCACCAAAUCAUUCACUUUCAUGCACACAAGUAGUGUACUUUUUCUCAGACCAAACAGUAACAAUUUGCGAGAUCGCGAUGCGGCAGGCGGGCGCGUACUCGGGUUUGCUGUCCGGCGGCAUCGGCGCCCGGACCGGCCCGCACUCUCUGCCGCUCGCGAGGAUAAAGAAGAUAAUGAAGCGGUCGGCGUCGGGGUCGACGGCGGCGGGGGACGAGGUGCGGAUGAUAUCCGGCGAGGCGCCGAUUGUGUUCUCCAAGGCCUGCGAGCUCUUCGUCGAGGAGCUCACGCGGCGGGCGUGGGCCGUCACGGUCCGCGGGAAGCGGCGGACCCUCCACAAGGACGACGUGGCCGCCGCCAUCGCCGCCACCGACAUAUUCGACUUUCUCGUCGAGCUGGUCUCAGAGUCUAACGGCAACAGCAGCGGCGGCAGCGGGCGGGUUCUGUCGUGAGGUGACCUGCCUCAUGACAAUUAGUAAUUCAGGUGCAGUGCGUACUAACAAAAUAAAUUUUAAAGCUUAAUCUCAAUUAUUUAUCACUCUUUAAAUAGAAAGAACGAUAGAUCAUCACACGAAUGAUUAGUGAGGUUUCAAACCACGAUAUAAUGUGAAUUAGUGAUGAACGACUAAGAUCGGGCCUUUAAUGUUUAAUUUAUUAGUGUGUCCUUCGUCAUCGUAAGCAAGACACAUUAUCUUUGGAAUGUAUUUACUUUGGUUGUAGCAUACAAAGAAUAUGAAGAUAA